AUGAUUGACUCAUCUUUGAGCUCCUUGGGCGCAAAAGUUGUCCUUACGUCAUCCAGCGACCAAAACCACCCAUCUGAAAACAUAAUUGACGGAAACACCGAGACGUUUUGGAUUUCUACCGGGAUGUUCCCCCAAGAGUUUAUCAUUCGCUUUGCUGAACCCACGCAGAUUUCUACCGUGACGAUGGACACCUACAAUGUCAAGCAUCUCAAGAUAGAAAAGAAUACAUCACAAAGUGCUUCCCAGUUUGAGUUUGUCACAGAGAAAGAAUUGGAUUGCACAGAAGGCCGUCUUCAGUCGAAUGCCAUUUCACUAAAUGGCGGCAGUGCAACCCACCUUCGUUUUAUCAUCACUUUAGGAUAUGACCACUUUGUGUCAGUGCACAGAGUUAGUUUUAGAAAUUAG